AAUGGAACGGGCAAAAGGAUUCGUGGAAUAUAGCCGCGUUAGGAAAGGCGCUCGAUUGAGUGUGCUAUAUGCAUAUGCAAAUGUUAAGUGGUGCAUAUUGGCAGGCGCUGCCGCUUGCUUUUUUGAAAGGGUGGGAGAGGCGCUGUGGCAAAGCCAAGGGAACUGCAGGCAGCUUUCGGGAGCUGUGAAUGAAUGGAGUCUGGACGGAGAGAGACUGGGCUUACAAGAGUGAGGAAGUUCUGUGGCAAAAGGCCAGCCGGCCAGCCUCACUCCCACAGGCUUCUACUCGCAGACCCCUGUAACGUCCUCAGAGGCUACAGAGAAGUUGCCAGAAUGAGCCCCGUAAAGAAAGGAAAAGGGAAAAAAGGAGGGAAAAAGAAGACGACAACGAUGGCAGAUGAAGAGAACUACAGAAAGAGAACACUGGAGGUUGAGACCUUGAAACAGCACCUUGUUCUCCGGAGGGAAGCGGCCAGAAAUGCGAUGGCCGACAGUGAAGGACUCAAGCGGAGGCUGACGGAGCUGGAGAAAGAACUGGAGGAGGCACGGGGCGACAAACAAGAUAUUUAUGAAGAGAUGAUCCGGCAAUUUCAGCAACUUCAGAGCCAGACCGAUACUCGGAUACAGCGCUUGGAAGCAGAGACUCAGAGCCUGCAGGAACAACUUGCUGUUUGCCAAGAGGAUGUGCGCCAAAGCCGAACUGAAAAGGAAAAGAUGCAGGAAGAGAAGGAAAGGGCGAUUGCUAAGAUGCAACGCAAGAUUGACGAGAUGGAAACGGAAUACGAAAAAAUCCUGCACGGCAACUUAGACCUUGUGCUCUCCAAGCUGGAGGCUGCCAAUCUUGGCUGGGAGAAAGAGGCAACGGCCCUCCACCUGGAGUACAAGGACCGGCUGAAGGAGUUUGGACUCAACCCGCUGGAAGUCUGAAGGGGUGUUUGCCAAAGGGGUUGUUCCGCAUGGUUUAGCAUCGCCGCUUGAACUGGGCUCAGCUUCAGGACCGGACAAAGCGAUAAAUAAAGAGUGUGCCUCUAAGAAGG